CCGGUGCGGUCCCGCGGGGAGCGAGGCUCUGCCAGGGUGGAGGCGGGAAGAGGCGGCGCACAUUGGCUGCGGCGCCGAGGCCGAGCUGAUAAGGGCAGGCUGCCCCCGCCGUGCUGCAGGACGGGGCUGUGGGCACGGGCACGGGCACGACCAGGGGCACCGCCGAGCGCCAUGCGCCGCGCCAGCCGAGACUACACCAAGUACCUGCGCGGCUCGGAGGAGCUGGGCGGCGGCGCCCCCCACGAGCCCUCGCCCCUGCCGCCGCCGCCGCCGCCGCCGCAGCCCGCGCACCCGCACCCGCCCGCGCCGCCGGCCUCGCGCGCCCUGCUCGCCGCGCUGGUGCUGCUGGGGCUGGGCCAGGCGGUCUGCAGCGUCGCCUUGUUCCUCUACUGCAGGGCGCAGGUAGCGGCGCCGCGGCUCUCCCCGGCGGGCGUCAUGGACCCUAACAGAAUAUCAGAGGAAUACAUACACUGUUUCAGGACAUAUCUAAGAACCCAUGGAAGCACAGAUCUUCAAGAAACAAAAUUAAUGUCUGAAUCAUGCAAGAACAUGGAACAGGCUAUUCAAGGAGUGAUGCAAAAGGAGGUACAAAGGAUCAUUGCUGGAAGAGAGUCACCAGUAUCAGAAAAGGCUAUAAUGGAAGCACCGUGGUCAGACCCUUCAAAGAAAAACAAACCUGAGAAACAGCCCUUUGCCCAUCUUAUUAUUGAUGAUAAGAACAUUCCAACUGGCACAAGGAAAGUGAACCUUACAUCCUGGCAUCAUAACAAAGGCCAGGCAAACUUAUCGAAUAUGACAUUCAUUGAUGGAAGGCUAAUAGUCAAUCAAGACGGGUUUUACUACGUUUAUGCCAACAUUUGUUUCAGACACCAUGAAACUUCAGGAAACCUAACUAGAAAAGGGCUUCAACUGAUGGUGUACGUAACUAAAGCAAACUUUAAGACAAAGCGUGCUGAUGUUCUUAUGAAGGGAGGAAGCACCAAAUAUUGGUCAGGAAAUUCAGAAUUUCAUUUUUAUUCUGUAAAUGUAGGAGGAUUUUUUAAAUUUAAGUUUGGCGAAGUAAUAGGUAUCCAGGUAUCAAACCCAUCAUUACUGGAUUCAUCUCAAGAAGCAACUUAUUUUGGUGCCUUCAAAGUCACAGAGAUAGAUUGAGUUGUUGCAAGAUUUCAUGUCUCAAUGUAUGUUUUCUAUGGCUUUUUACUUAAAAAAAAAAAAGAAAGAAAGAAAAAAAACGGUUCUUGACACAACACACAAUUUGGUCAGAGACUACUGGGAGAUGUAACAAAAUCUUUUGGGGCCCAGUUGCUCCUGUGUAACCAUUGGCAAUGUAUUGUUCAUCUGAUCAGGUUUUGACCUUCAGUGACUCUAGUCACUGCAGAUACAUAAGAUAAGAAUUGCCAUUGACUAGGAUGGACCAUAGGUCCAUCUUGCCCAGCAUCCUGUGUCACAGUGGCAGAAUGGAUGCUGAAAAGGUAUGACUGUGGUUUUUUCCUGCUGUUCCUUUCUCACUUGCCACCCUCAGCAUUUACUAUCUAGGAUGUUCAAAUUUAGAAGCUGUAUCCCUAACUUCCAUGCUCAAUAGUUACAGUGCAAGCAAAUUACACAGCAGGCCUGAGGCUGGUGUGUACCAGUUUAACACCUCUGUAACAUCGUUGACUUCAAUGGAGUUAGGAUGAUAUUACAGCAAAAUCAGAAUCAGGCCUGAUAUUUUUAUGGUUUUGAACUGCUAUUGGCAAAUUCUGCCCCAGCUUUUACACCCCAUGCUACUCUGUUGAUGUCAGUGCAGAUGUAAGAGAGGACAGGAAUUGGCCCAUCAAAUUUGCAAGGGGCUCAGUUCCGCAAGGGAUUCAGCAUUCUGGCCCUGAUCCAGCAAAGCAGUUAAGCAUGUGACCAGAAGCAGAUCUUGGAUUUUGAAAAAAAGGAGGUGGGGAAGAAGGGAAUGUGGUGGAGAGCUCACUGGCACCAGGUGUGACUGCCUGCAAUGGAUGGUUCACUGUCUGUGUAGUAGAAAGUCAAAGGGUGGUGUGAUUGCAGCUCCCCCCCCCCACAAACACACACUUUCUUCUUGAUCUAUCUCUGUAUGUAACUAGCCCUAUUGAAGGCAAUGGGAUCACUCAGAUGGUUAAUUAAAUAUAUGUUGACUUGCUGGGCUGGAUGAAGGCUAGACUGUUCAGUGCUUUGGCAGCAUGAGCUUUAGAUUUUAAGUUAAUGCCAGUGUGAUGAUCUAAACAGAUACUACGUGUGGACUUUUUAGAAGGGCUGUAUAGGGGUUCUCUGUUUACAGUUAUAGAGAGCUAACUGCAAGUCUAUUUUAGUAGCAUUGCACAUGUGUGUACAAAACCAGAAUUCUGAUAUGUUGAAUCCCUUUGAAGUGUUACAUUAUGCCAGAAUCUGCAAAUACUUCUUUUUAAAGCAAAGUAUGUAUUUUUGUAUUCUGUAAUAUCUAAAGUUAUAUUUCAGAUGUAAAUUAUAUUUGUCCUAUAGUAUUUGAUACAAAAUAUUUAAAAAACCUCCUGUUGUUUGUAUAUUUUAAUGUUUUUAAUAUACAGACAUGUUUAACUGGUGCACUUUGAUCCCAAUGGGAAAAAUUGCAGCUAAAAAAGAUUGUUUGCAAUUAGCAAAUGUAAUAUAUUUCUUUUGUUCUUUUUAACUUAAUAGAUUGCUGUUAAACUUGUCAGUAUUAAGAAAGCUAAAACCAAAAUAAUAAAUAAUUGGAUCAGAA